AUGGCAUCAUCUCCCGAGCGACCCCUAACCCAAUCCCAAAAAGACUUCUUCUUGACACACGGCUACCUCCACAUCCCCUCCUGCUUCACCCGCACCCAAGCCUCCGACGUCCUCCAGGGCGUCUGGACCCGCCUCAAUAUGUCCCCCACCGAUAAAUCAACCUGGAGGACCAGCGAGCAAGGGCAAGGACGCAUCCACAUGCCCUCGCACCGUUCCUUUGACGCCUCCGUCUUUGUCCCCAAGGCUUGGUCCGCCAUCUGCGAUCUCUGCGGCGGCAGCGACCGCAUCACCCCCUCUUCAUCCCAAUGGCGCGACUCGCUUAUCGUCAACCUGGGAACGCCCGGAGGAGAAGCAGAAAAACCACCAGUUGCCCCGAAAGACCUGAAUAAUUGGCACGUAGACGGGGAUUUCUUCGUGCAUUACCUCGAUAGUCCCGAGCAAGGCCUCCUCGUCAUCCCCCUGUUCACGGAUGUCAUUCCGGACGGGGGCGGGACAGUGAUUUGUCCCGAUGCGAUUGCUGGGGUGGCAAGGUGGCUGUAUGAGCAUCCUGAGGGGGUGUCGCCUCGGAUGGUGCCGCGGGGACAUGGGGAUUUCGACCAGGAGCGGAAUCUGGACUGGUAUCGGGAGUUGGUUGGCGGGUGUGAGGAGUUUGUAGAGGUGGUGGGCGGUGUGGGGGAUGUGUAUUUGGUGCAUCCGCUUAUGGUGCAUUCGGCGAGUAGGAAUGCGCGGAGGGAGUUCAGGGUUAUUACGAAUCCGCCGGUGAGCUUAAGGGAGCCGUUUUGUUUUGAUCGGGCGGAUGGGGGGUAUAGUUUGGUGGAGUUAAAGACUCUGCGGAGUCUGGGCGUGGAAGCGGGAGGGGGCUUAAAGAGGUGGAGAAUCACGGGGGAGAGGGAAAGGAUCGUGCCGCAGAGGGUGAGGGUACAGGAGGCGCUGAAGAGGGAGGAGAGAAAGAGGUUAGAGGAAUCAGACAAGGCUGGUGCCACGGCUUGA